AUGGUAGCGACAAUGGUGGUGGCAGAAACAGUGGAGGAGGAGGUGGUGGUGGUGGAGGAGGGUCAGGCCAUGGUGGCUCUAGCUCGGGAUAUGGAUUCGGAAGUCGAUAUGGACAUGGCAGUAGUAGGCAAGAAGGAGGUAGUAGAAGAGGGGGAGGAGGUGGUGAAAUUGGAGGCUCGGGCACUGGAAACGAUUCUAGGCUCGUGUUACGGAAGUGAUAGUGGCUAUGGGAGCGAUAGUGGCAAAGGCAGUGGUGGAGGAGGAGGUUCGAGCUAUGGUAGUGGGUCGGGAUAUGAUUCGGGCUACAGAUCAGGAUAUGGUUCGGGUUACGGAUCGGGAUAUUGA